AUGAACUUGGAACGUGAGGACUUGAGUUAUUGUGAGCACCAAGGUGUACCACUGCAGUCAGAACCGACACGCAUUGAUUUUGACGAGGGCUAUUACGUUGGCACCGUCGACGAGGAAGGCCACAUGGCCGGUUACGGUAAGGCUUUCUGGACGAGUGGUGAUACAUAUGUGGGUGAAUGGCUUGAUGACACCAUGAAUGGCCGCGGUGUUUACACUUGGGCGGAUGGCGAUUGCUAUGAAGGUGAGUACAAGAAUGGCCUACAGGACGGUUUUGGCGUUUUGAAGGAUGCUACGGGUGUUUACACUGGAGAGUGGGUUGACGACAUGCGCCAGGGUAUUGGCAAGAUGGAGUACGUUGGUGGAAGCGUGUAUGAGGGAGAGUGGAUUGCCAAUAUGCGUCACGGACAAGGUAAACUCACGGAAGAAACCGGUGUUACUUAUCACGGCGAAUUUGUGCAAAACGAGAAGGAAGGCAAGGGAGUAAUGACGAAUGCGGAGGGUGACGUUUAUGAAGGUGAAUUUGCACGCGGAAAGCCCAAUGGAAAGGGAACAUACAUUUGGGCGGAUGGUGCCAAGUAUGUUGGCUCUUUUAGGGAUGGCCUUAAACACGGGCAGGGGUGUGAGUGGAUGGCGAAUGGCGAUUGGGUUGCUGGUGUUUUUGUUAAUGGUGAACACGACCAACGGCAGGCGGUACAUAAAGCCGUGGUGACGGAUGAUGUUCAUCAGAAUGAUCAAAUAGACCUGGCCGACGUGAAAUUUCUAGAUGUGAAUUUUUUGCGUAUGCUGUCGGAGGGAAAGUUCCCUGUGGAGGAUAAGAAAUACUCCAACUACUCUAAUACCACAAGCGGUGUCACCGGUAGCAUGGACGAUACCCCACGAGGGAAUGGCAACGCAAGUGGCGGUUUACCGUUGGCCAAAAGUUUGGCACAUCUAGAGCAUGGAAACAUCGGUAGUAGUCCUGCUAGUCCCGUAAAAGCACCCUUUAAACAACAGGGUCGUUUAAUGCUUACAGAUGCGGAUUUAGAAGGGUGGCGGCAAAUUAAAAUUAUCGGAAAAGGCAGUUUUGGGGCGGUUUAUGAGGCCCUUCUAGUGAGUGGACGAACGGUGUGUUGCAAGGUGAUUGAGUUGGGGUCUCUCUCCGACCGCGAGGAGAUGGAUAAACUGCGAAAUGAAAUUGCUCUAAUGAAAAGACUUCAUCAUCCCAAUAUUGUGCAGUACCACGGCUGUCAAGAGGAUCGUAGUAAGAAUACGUUGAACAUAUUCAUGGAACUUGUCAGUGGAGGAUCACUUAACACGUUUGUAAAGAAAUUCAAAACAAUCCCACUGCCGACGGUGCGUCAGUGGACAUAUCAAAUGGUCUGCGGGGUGAAGUACCUGCACGACUGUGGUAUUGUGCACCGCGACAUCAAGGGCGACAACGUUCUGGUGUCACUUGAUGGAAUCAUUAAAUUAGCGGACUUUGGAUGCAGCAAAGCCAUUGAUGACGUCUGCAGUAAGACACACGGCUGCCAGACGAUGGUUGGAACGCCAUAUUGGAUGGCACCGGAGGCGAUCAAGUGUGAAGCAGGUGGAUAUGGCAUGAAGAGCGACAUUUGGUCAAUCGGCUGCACCGUAGUGGAGAUGAUCACUGGGAAGCCCCCGUGGCCCGAAUGCAACUCCAUGUGGGCUGCAGUGUACAAAAUAGCGCAUUCAACGGGCCUCCCCACGGAGAUUCCAAAAGACUUGGAUCCAAAACUCAUGAACUUUCUUGAGUUGUGUUUUGAGCGUGACCCUAAGAAACGUCCAACGGCGGAGCAACUCUUACGACACCCAUUCUUGGCGAUUUAG